UGGGUUCGGAUUUAAUUCAGGUGCACUCCCACAUAUAACAUCUCUGCUGUUCGUUUAAAGUAACCAUCUCAGUUAGCAGUACAACAGGUCUGCUGACACAAUUCAAAGAGAAACUUUUUACAUUUUCACCCGUUGCCGUGGAUCAGCGCCUUGUUGAAACUGUGCGGAUGGUUUUUCUAAUAGAACUAUAAAUCAAAGCCUAUUGUGAUUGGAUACCAUACCAAACCAUGGAGAGCCAGCAUAGAGAAGCAGCGCAGACUCCGGUACCAGCUUAAUCCCAAGAAGUUGAUUUUCACGAAUUAGGUGGCGGAAUAUGAAAUGACUGAAAAUCAGGAACAUAUUUCUGGUUUAUAGGAACCUACAAACUACACAGUGGACAUCUCACAGUUAUCGGCUUGACAAAUCGCGGGCACGGUGACCUGCUUUCCCCUGUUAAAACAUUACUAUUUAAGUGGCGCAAUAUUUUCAAGAGGAGCAUAAGGAUGGGUUUGGUAUAAAUCGGAGAUAAAUAACAACAGGCCUUCUAUCUUGAUGAUAAAUGAUUGGCUUUAACGUUGGCAACAGGCGUUCUUGGAUUAUUUAGGAGCUUUAAUUUUUUACUCUCCAGAAAAGAUGCUCUUGUGACACAAAUUAAUAAGAGGGUUAUAACAUAUUUAACGGAAACGGGAAACAGUCUAUUGACAAAGUUGGAAAUGUAUCAAGGCCCAAUGCGUCACUCGCAGGAUCACAGGAAUACAAGGCUGCAGUUGCCUGCCUCCGAGAGAAGAGCUUCUCUUGUAGAGUUAACUCGUGAAGUGCGCCUGCUCUACGCUGUGCACAACAGUCGGAGUUAAAUUCAGCUGUUUGCAAACAAAAUAUUGGAGUCCUAGCAAUAGGAACGUGGUAAAAUAAUAGUCGUGCUGAAUUACAUAGAAUUUGACUCAAAUUGACAAGACACAUUUUAAUAACUUUCACAGGCCGCGGCACUUGUUAAGUAGACGAGAAUACAACUAGUGAGUAACGUUUCUAUUCAGAAUGGAAAUAGACUCGUCAUUUUCAAAUGGCAGUAACUUUAAUUUUAGUACCGCGAUUGGCGCCAACAUGAACGUAUCUCUUCUUGGAGCCUCUGGCGAGUUCGGAAACAACUUGACCAGUGAAGGCAGUGGCGUUGUGGACGGAACCCCGGUCAAUCUGUACAAAAUCAUCACCGCAGCUGCGCAAGGAAUUUUAAUGAUUCUAAUAUGCUUCGGUAAUGGGAUGGUCAUCGGUGCCUUCUACAGGUCAGAGAAACUGAAGACCAUUACAAACUACUACAUAAUGCAUUUGGCUUGUGCGGACUUCGCCGUCGGUCUUUUCUUGCCCUUCCAAAUGACUUGCUUUCUACAUCCAGAGAUACUGGAGAAUAUUUUUGUGUGUCUGUUCAGAUAUGCGACUAUGGUCGUCACCCAGUCGGCGUCCAUCCUCUGUCUCCUCGCCAUUACCAUUGACAGAUACUCUGCCGUUAUAUACCACAUGCGUUAUUACAGUGUUAUGUCGCGUCGGAGGUCAAUUUUUACCAUUUUCAUCGUUUGGUUGACCCCCCUUGUGUGCGGCCUCAUGUUGCCUUUUCUAUGGUAUAACGGUUGGCCGGCUGAAGGCGAAAAAGACUGUGACUUCGGAAAGACGCUGACGCUGGGUUACAACCGCUACGUAACGGUUGGAGCGUUCCUGACGGUGACCCUGGUGAUAAUCGGCCUGUACAGUCGGAUCUUCCACGUCGCCAGACGCCACAACGCGCAGAUUAACGACACAGCAACGCUGCAGCCAAACCAUUCCAGUAGGACGUUCAGUCGCAACUUUCGUAUCGCCAAGACGGCGGCCAUCGUGAUCGGGUUAUACCUGAUUUUUUGGUCCCCGUUCUUCAUCAUUCUGGCCAUCCAAGUGUACGGCGGGCUGGUCAACUCUCAGCUGUUGAUUGAACUACGCGUGUACGCCAGUGUUCUAGCCGUACUGAACAGUGCCGUAAAUCCGGUGGUGUACGCGUACCGGAUGUGUGACUUUAAAAGAGAAUUUAGAAGAAUGCUGGGACUGAAAUACACUACAGACGAUUCCAAUGAUAACUGCUCGGUGGGGAACGAGUCAAAUCAGACCACUGGAACCGCUGCUACAGCCGCCGCCAACGUCGCUGAAACAUUUUGAAUCAUUCCAGGCUGCGUGAAGUCAGUGGAGCGCGGAACUCCAAGUCACAGCCUUCCCCCAAAUGCGUUCAUUCCUCAGAUUUUAACCUGUUUCUAGGAAUAUGUUUUAAAGCGUUUGUCAGCCAGGUUUAUUCCGUAGUUGUGUCGAAAAUCGCAAAUUUUUCUGAUGAGCCUUUUUGCCCAGCUCCACAGGGCCCCCGUGUUGACGCAUAGGGUUAAUCUAUGUAAUAUGUCACAUUAUAAGAGUUGAGGAAAGGAAACAUUUUUCCAGUUUGGCGACUGCUUGCUACAAGAGUGAGAGAACGUCAACGUCAUAGGCCGCAUUCAGAACAGAGGACUAACUAGUCCGAGGAUUAAAUAUGGAGACCCACUACAAAGCUUGCCGUCUAAUCAACUAUUAAACGCUGAAUAGAUUCCGUGGGGAAGUCUUCAAGUGAUUCGACCAUAUGUGUAACCCUCGGACUAGUUAGUCCACUGUUCUAAAUGAGGCCAUACAUGUGUCUCACAUUGUCAACGUACUGCACCGCUUCGCCCCCUGGCGGCGUACUCCCUGUAUAUAUACAGCUUUGGAACCUAUUAUUAAUGACGUUAGCAUUGAUCUUCUUAUGCAGUGAGAAACAAUCGGAAUGGAAAAAAUAUCCAUACAUCUGAACCAAUCUAAUUUUAUAUCAGCCGAGAGAAAAAUUGUCGGAAUUGUGCUCUACUCUCGCUGACAUCAAGGUUACGUAAAACUGUAUAUUUCCCCCUUAAAGUCUGAUAUUAUAUUAACACCAGUAACUCUGUGUUAUCGGAUGGUUUCAGAAGAUACCGUCAGAUAGUCUUCACUGAUAUUGUAAUUAUAUUUUUAUCUGUGUUCAAUCUUAACAGUAUAUUUCUGUAUAUUUUUAAUAAUGCAAAGGCUAUAAAUGUGCCUUAAAAUUGAAG